AUGGCCGGAUCCUUGCCACCAGUCACUUCUAUUCCAUCAUUGAAACGGAAAAGAAGCCAUGAAAAUAACGAUCGCAGCCUCGAGUCCGCUGUUUCUCCACCCUCGAACGCGUCCCUCGAAGUCCCCACCGAUCAAAUACAGUCGACCACAGGGAAGGCUCUUCCCAACGAGACGAAUGCACAGGAAACCGAACCUAAGAAACCUGUAGCUAACCAAAAGAAGGCCAAGGGGAAAAAGGCUUCGUCGAAAUCCUCGAAGCGAAUACCAUCUGCGCCAUUGCCAGAUGCCUUUAAACGCCUAUCGCAGAUACACCGUGCCCUAAACCUUGUCUAUACAUUUUGCUGUACGCGAAAGCAUUUCGCCACUACAUUUGAGAAUAUAAAGAAGGCAGUACAGGCCCAGAUUGGCCAGGGAAGAGAACUCACCCUCGAGGAUGUUGCACGCGUGAAAGUGAUAAUCCCGGGAGCCAUCCGGUUCGAGUAUAUCGAUGAGGCGAAAUUGGAAAUAAUGAUCACUGGAGAUCAAGAAAUUGCACAGUAUGGGCUACAUAAGCGGGCUAGUCUGGCACAUGCAGCAGACAUGGACGCGGACGAAAACACCGGUGGCAACAUUCACGAUACAGAUGACACAAAGCACGUCUUGCUAUUUGAAUUUGUGGACGGCGAUCUAAAACGGGAGGUAGUACAUCCCAAGACGGGGGAGCCUACAAAACCGAUGCGUCGCAUGAAAGACGAGGAUCUGAAAAUGCCCGUCUACAGUCAAAAGCAGAUGUUGCGUGUGAUCGAAAAGCGGAAUUCCAAAUUCACAGACGCUCUCAAUGAGUUCUUAGUCCAAUGCGAGGAUAGUGCUACUGAUCCGGUGGAAUCCCUCGAACAAGCGAAGAAUGCUUUCCUCCCCACUCCUCCCGGUAGUGGCGCAAAUACCCCUGCUCUUGCGGGGAGGGUACCGGCAACAAUCCCCAAGGAGCGAAAGUCCAUUGAGGAAAUUAUUGCCGAGAUUCGGGAGAUGGACUGGUAUCAUGCACAGAUUGUGCCGGAAGGCCAUCGGGUAUUUGAAGCCCAAUCUCCUGUUUAUGGAGAUUUGUCUUUCCAGCUCUCGCAAGACCUUGUGAAUGCACUUUACAACACAAAGGGUAUCACGGAAAUGUAUACUCACCAGACAGAGGCAAUCAAUCACUUAUACGAAGGCCAUAAUGUGAUUGUGUCUACGUCGACAAGUUCGGGCAAAUCUCUCAUCUACCAAGUUCCCAUGCUGCACGAACUAGAAAAGGAUCCAGAGAGCAGGGGUAUGUAUAUCUUCCCCACUAAAGCUCUGGCACAAGACCAGCGCCGCAGUAUGAUGGAUUUACUACAGUACAUGAACGGACUUCAGAACACAAUGGUUGAAACCUUUGACGGCGAUACGCCAAUGGGGAGUCGGAACAUGAUUCGUGAUGAGGCACGCAUCAUAUUUACCAAUCCUGAUAUGCUUCAUAUUACAAUUCUGCCCCAGGAGAGUUCUUGGCGCACUUUUUUGAAGAAUUUGAAAUUUGUCGUUGUCGACGAAUUGCAUGUUUACAACGGCUUGUUUGGAUCUCAUGUCGCAUUUAUCAUGCGACGGCUUCGCAGGAUCUGUGCUGCCGUGGGUAAUCGACAUGUCAAGUUUAUAUCUUGCUCUGCCACUGUUGCGAAUCCAGAAGCUCACAUGAAGUCUAUAUUUGGAGUGCAGGACGUGAAACUUGUCGAUGUUGAUGGGUCUCCCUCUGGGCGCAAGGAAUUUGUUUGUUGGAAUACGCCAUUCAAAGAUCCGAAGGACCCUACCUCUGGAAGGGCUGAUACGGUCACCGAGACCGCCAGAUUGUUUUGCCAGCUGAUUCUUAGGGGCGUGAGAGUCAUCGCCUUCUGCCGAAUCAGAAAGCUCUGCGAGAUCCUCUUACAAGGCGUGCGAGCUGAAUUCGAUAGACUCGAGCGAACAGAAAUUGGAAAGCUAGUAAUGGGCUACCGAGGCGGGUACAGCCCCCAAGAUCGACGCCAAAUUGAAAAAGAAAUGUUCGAGGGAAAAUUGAUGGGAAUCGUGGCAACCAACGCUCUGGAACUGGGCGUUGAUAUCGGGUCUCUGGAUGCAGUCAUCACCAUGGGAUUCCCCUACUCAAUAUCCAAUCUGCGCCAACAAAGCGGCCGCGCCGGACGGCGUAAUAAGGACUCCCUCUCUCCGUGCUAG